AUGAAUUUUGCUCCCUACCAGGACGAAUCACCCGAGGUUGAACGCGCCUUCUCGCCGUCGCUGGCCGACGCGCAUCGCGUCAAGUCGCCCAAUAUCCGGUCCCCUCGCGGGUCUCCUCCCGUCCCCGGACUCGCUUCCCCGGGGCUCCCAUCGCCCAGUCAGUUCGCCGGUGCUGGUCAUAUAGACACCAGUGGGCAUGGAAACACAGGAUUCGGCAAUGAUGUCGAGAGUGGACGCUGGAAUCUUGGAGCCUUCGACACCAGUCUCCCCAUUCGCAUGGACGUCGAAGCUAUGCUGGCAUAUCUGCUCCUGCCCCCGGCGGGUGGUGUCUUUCUCCUGUUGGUAGAGCACAAGAGCGACUAUGUUCGGUUCCACGCAUGGCAAUCAAGCAUGCUUUUCACCGUCAUGUUUAUCCUUCACUUGAUCUUCUCUUGGUCCAGCUUCUUGUCCUGGGUUCUAUUUAUCUGCGAUCUUGCAAUGAUGGGCUUUCUGAGCAUGCGUGCCUAUCGAGAUGUCGACACACUCGAACACUUCGAAGUCCCGGUUUUCGGUCGCCUUGCCAAUUCUUUUGUUGACGAUGAAUGA